AUGCGGCCGGCGGCGCCGCUCGUGCUCGCCCUGCUCCGCCGCUGCCUCCUGCUGGGCCCGCUGGCGCUGCGGGCGGCCGCCGGACAGGACGGCGACGGCUGCGGCCACACGGUGCUGACCCCGCAGAGCGGCACCCUGAGCUCCAAGAACUACCCGGGCACRUACCCGAACCACACGCUGUGCCGCUGGCGGGUGCGGGCGCCGCCGGGCGCCUCCCUGCUCCUGGCCUUUGGAGACGUGGACCUGGAGGCGGCCGAGGGCUGCGCCGCCGGCUCCCUGCUGCUCUCCGAGCCUGACCGCGGCAUCGYCCAUGGGCCGUACUGCCGCGGCGCCGCGCCUGCCGCCCCGCUCCUCGUCACCAACGCGAGCGCCUUGACCGUCCUCUUCAACAGCAGCAGCCACCGCUCGGGCCGGGGCGUCCUGCUGUCCUACGCCACCUCCGAGCACCCAGACUUGAUCUCCUGCUUGGUGAAGGGCACCCACUACACACAGGACCAUGUCAGCGUGUACUGCCCCGCCGGCUGCAAGGACAUCGCUGGGGACAUCUGGGGCAACGUGCACCAGGGCUACCGAGACACCUCGGUGCUGUGCAAGGCGGCCGUGCACGCCGGUGUCAUCGCCGACGAGCUGGGCGGCCAGGUGGCCCUGUCGCGGCACAAGGGCGUCACGCUCUACGAGGCGGCCGUCGCCAACGGGCUCCGCUCCAAGAGGGGAUCCCUCUCCGAGAAGCGCCUCCUCUUCCACAAAGCCUGCAGUGACGUGCUGGACGUGGCCGCCUUCAACGCCUCGUCCUCGUGGCUCGAGGUGGACGCGCUGGGGCAGCACCGGGCCUGGGGGGCCGAGCGGGCCGCGCUGGGAGCCCCCGGCCGCUCCUGGGCYGCCGAGCCGGGCGCUGCGGCCGCCUGGCUGCAGCUGGACCUGGGCGCCCGCCGCAACGUCACAGGGAUUGUCACCACGGGCUCCUCGGAGGGCCACGACUACUACGUGACGUCCUACAGCAUCUCCUCCAGCCGGGACGGCAGGAACUGGCGGGGGUACCGGGGCAGCRGCGGGCAGGAGGACAAGCUCUUCGAGGGCAACUCGGACGGCGUGCAGGAGGUCUCCAACGCCUUCAUCCCGGCYGUGGUGGCGCGCUACGUGCGCGUGACGCCGCAGCGCUGGCACCAGCGCGCCGCCCUCAAGGUGGCCCUGCUGGGCUGCGAGGUGACGCGAGCGCGGGCGCCRCGGCCCUACGCGCCCAGUGCCCCUGGUGUCCCCGUCCCUGCUGACAUCCCCGCCACCCUCGCGUCCAUCCCCGGCGUCGCCCUGGACCCGGAGAAGGCAGGCUCCACGCUGCUGGUCAUGCUGCUCAUCGGCGGCUCCGUGCUGCUCUCCUCGGGCCUCCUGCUGCUGGCUUUCCUGUGCCGCUGGAGAAGGAAGGUGCCAGCCGAGCCRAGCUGCGGCUUGGUGAAAGGGUUCCCCCAGGCGGAGCAGAGCCCGACGUGUUCCCUGCGCAACCUGCCGCCCGCCUUCCCCAGCACYGCGGGGGCCCCUGAUCCGGAUCCCUCCCCAGAGUACGCCGAGCCCGACGUGCUGCCGCCCGGCCCCGGCGGCGCCCGCGCGGCCCCACAGACCUUCAAGGCGCCGGUGGACGAGGGCUACGCGCUGCCGCUGCCCGCGGGCCACUACGCCGUGCCGGCCCGGCCGCACGAGUACGCGGAGCCGCUGCCGCCYGAGCCCGAGUACGCGACGCCCUUUGGCGACACGGAGCACGAUGGGCGCCGGCCUGAGGGCGCUGUGACGCCACCCGGGUAUGAAGCGCCCGGCGUGCGGCCUGUACAGGACCCGGCGCCUCGCGGCCGCUACACAGCCGCCCAGCCCGGGUCGAGCGGCAGCCCCGGGGGGCCCGUGCCCGCCCUGCUCGGGGACUGGCCCCUCACACACGUCUACCAUGAGGUGUCGUGA